CGGACUUCUUGGAGUUUGUUUGACAUCGACAAAUUGUAAGAAAUGAUGUGAAGAAUAUUUUUCGCUUUGCGUGUACCUAGCUCAUGAACAAACAUAAAUGACUAGGUAACAAAGAGUAUCAUAGUGAGAUACUUAAAUUUUGAUGGAAGUACGCUUAAUACACUAAAACUUUCAAGAUGAUGGCUGGAAAAGCAAUGCCCGAAACAGAAGAGCAAAACCGGAUAAGGUUUCAGGUUGAACUAGAGUUUGUGCAGUGUUUGGCCAACCCUAAUUAUAUACAUUUUUUGGCACAGCGUGGUUAUCUAAAAGAAGCUACAUUUAUAAACUACCUCCGCUACUUGCAGUACUGGCGGGAACCUGAAUAUGCUCGCUAUCUGAAGUACCCAAUGUGCCUCCAUUUCUUAGAGCUACUGCAACAUGAAGCAUUUAGAAGGGAAUGUGUCUCUGCACAGGUGUGUAAGUUUAUGGAUGAUCAAGCAAUUUUGUUGUGGCAACACUACACACGGCGGCGGACGCGCACGUUACAGCCACCGGAUGCGCCAGCGCCGCCGGCACCACCCGCGCCGCCACAGCAGGGACCACCCCGACAACAGACAUAGACAUAUCACACAUAUUUAUAGGUUAUGAAAAAUUUAUAGAAAAUGGUAAAACUUCUAUACUGCUAGAAGCAACUUCUAUAGUACAUGCUCUACCAUAAACAAAUUAAAUUGCUUUCACAUAAAACUCCAAAGAAAUGUGGGUAACACCUUAUACACUAGAAUGGUAUAUUUUCCAAGUCGCUCAAGAUAUCUAUGGUUAAUACACAUUUCAAGUAGGUAAGUCAUCUGUCAGCUGCCAGGUCCUUUCGGAGUGUAUAAUAUUCCCUGUAAUAAUUUUGGUGACAAAUAAGAAUUGUAAUACUUUGGUUCAUAUUUGUUGUUUUGGCAGUUCAACAUUUGUUUAAUUUUCGAAAAUUCUCAGUAGGUCACUAACUUUUAUAACUGCAUAAAAGUGUACCUAUGUAUCUUGCGUACAUUUUCAUCUACUAAUACGUGCGAUGUAAUAAUAAUCACAGAUAGAAAUGGUAAUAAUUAUU